AUGGAUUCCCUAAUCGAUGGGGACAAUGAAAAGGAUGACAUCCAAAAUGCACCUCAGUCCCUGGGAAGCUUUGUGAGUCAGGGUUUAAAACAGAUGUACCUUGACCAGCUGUUCUGUGAUGCUACACUGGUGGUUGAAGGAAGGAGGUUUCCCUGUCACAGGGUGCUGUUGGCCUCAGUCAGCCCAUACUUCCGGGUCAUGUUCACCAGCUCCUUCAAAGAGUCCCAGGACGGGGAAGUUUUGCUCAAGGCUAUAGCCCCCUCCAUCAUCCAAAGCGUGCUGAAUUAUCUCUAUUUAGAGGAGAUAUCACUUAAUGCAGAGACUGCUGAAGAGUUAUUUAUCGCAUCCAGUAGACUCCAGAUCCUCCCACUAGAGGAGAUCAUUAGCAGAUUCUUUGUGAAGAAUAUUUCCAUGGAGAACUGCCUUGGGAUUUAUGCACUGGCUUAUGCCCACAACCACAAAGAUCUGCUUCAUACAGCCAUGCACCACAUCAGCUUGAAUUUUGGGUCCAUCUCUGAGGACUAUGAUUUCAUGUGUCUGGACCUCAGCACUUUGACCAGCAUCAUCUCCUCGGAUGACCUUGUAGUGGCCUCUGAACUGGUUGUCUACCAGGCUGUGCAACGCUGGGUGAGGUUUCAACCAGCCGAGCGCCUCCCAAUGCUUUCUGUGCUCAUGAGGCACAUCCGCCUUCCUUUCCUGACCCGUGAAGCACUUGCAGAGAUCCAGGCAGACUCAGAACUUUAUGGGGAUGUUCAGAUGUGGUGGAAACAACUGGUUGGGGAAGAAAGGCUGUGGGAGAGUGAGGGACUCAGGCAGGGUAUGUAUGAUGAGUGUAUUGUGUGCAUGGAGCUGCACAGGUACAGGAUUCAACAUGUGGAGAAUGACUAUUCAGAGUUUGACAUUCAUUCUGACUUGCUUUCUGGAAUGGAUUGUUUUGAUCCUUAUACAGGAAGGUGGAAAAAGCUGCCAGGUUUGAAAUGCCUGCAACAUCCUGCCAGCACAUCUGUGGAGCACAAACUUUACCUGUCUGGAGGCAAAAACAGAGAUGGCUCUUGUUCAGACAUUCUUUAUGAAUACAAUUCUUUUACUGGCCAAUGGAUACAGCUCCCCUCCAUGUCUGUGCCCCGGGAUUCACAUGGCUUUCUAGCCUGUAACUUGAAGCUGUAUGCUCUUGGGGGACGGAAUGACAGACAUGGACUCACUUCUGCUGAGAGCUUUGACUUGGUGCAGAAGGCAUGGACUCCCAUCUCCAACUUGCCAUUUCGGCUGAUAUAUUUUGCUUCCACAGUGCUGAAGAAUAAGUUGUACCUAAUAGGUGGAGAAGCUUUGGCAGUAGUACCUAAGCUAGUUUAUAGCGGCAUUCUGAUCUAUGACAUUAACUUAGAUGUGUGGACUCAGAUGCCUCUGGAUUUUAAGUGCUAUGAAACAGCUGCUAUCUCCAUGGAUAAUAGGAUCUGUGUUAUUGGUGGGUUCUGUGAAGAAAAAGGUAGACAGCUGACUCCAAGAGGCACUACAGAAGUCUUUCUGUCCAGUAGAAAAUGUUUUUACCUCAACGAAGAUGGCAAAGUGUGUCAGGAAGUUGUGAUUCCAGAAUUACCAGAAACAUUUGCCUUUGCUGGUGUGGUUUGUUGGCAGAGGAGAAUCUACUUGAUGGGUGGUGUAAAUUAUUAUCGAUUAUGCAGCAGGAUUUUCUACUGGGAACCAGGUGAUUCUAGCUGGACUGAGUGCCAGGAACGUGUUCCAAGUAUAGAGGGGUUUAUCAGAAUAUUUAAAUGUGUGACACUGAAGAUACCAAAAAAUACAUUCUGCCCCUUCUCCAAGAAAUAUCAGUAA